AUGUCUCAAGAUGUAGAGAUAACAAAAAAGAAGACUCUAUCUUUGGGUAAAAAAUGGAGAGUUAAACGAUAAGGCUCUAUCUUGUCAGAUUCAUAAAGUACAUUUGAAGACAGUAGAAUCACAUUAUUAUUAUUUGAACAAUAUCGAAUUGUAGAGAUGACAAGAUUUUGUGUGAUAUUUGGUACUUAAAUAAUAGCAAUAAUGGAAGUAUGUAUGUUAUAUACAAAUAUAGUAUGAAUGUUCAUUCUCAGAUCAAUUUGUAAAAGAAUUAGAAAAGGAGACCUUAACAUUAUUAUACAUCAUAUUUUUGAUGACUGCUGCUGCAAGUACAUGCUUUCCCCUUGCUAUCGUCUAGUUUUACUCACUUUAAUUUCCUACCAAGUUCUCUUAACCUAUAAGAAGAAAGCUAUGGUAAUCACACCUUAAGCUAGUCUAUUGGAUUCAAAUUUGGUUUACAGUUUAGCAAUUGAAAUACUAUUGAUCUUACCAACUCCAACUCCAUUCACUUAAAUGAUUAGAAUAGAUUUCAAUCAACGAUACACAGGUUAACUAAGAUUUUACUACUUGAAUGAAAUAUUAACUUAUAUCCUAACUUUCAGAGUUAUUUUGCUUACAAAUAUUACACUUAAAUUUUCAUCCUUUUACAGUAGUCAAAUUGGCAGAUUGUGGUUCUAAUAUAUUUAUUCUAUUUUUAGUCGUCUCUAUUCUACUAAUUUUGAUACUCAUUUAGUAUUCAAAUUAUGUAUGAAAGAUCUACCUGGUUAUACAUUAAUGGGUUUAUUUGUGACAGGAAUGCUUCUCUUUGGUUACAGUUUAGAAAUAGCAGAGAGAGCUCUCUAAAGAAAUGAAACUCAACAUAGUGUUUAUAGUGUAAUGACAUCUAUGUGGGUUACUCUUACUACUAUUGCAACUGUUGGAUAUGGUGAAUUUUAUCCAACAACUGAUUUAGGUCGUAUAUCAAUGGCUAUUUGUGUAUUUUGGGGUGUAUCUUACACUUCCUUAUUUACAGCAAUGCUUGAUUCAAUGUUUGAAAGAAUGAAUUGUGAAGAGAUGGUAUGGGCAUUAUUGGAAAAGACUAGUGUUACUAAUGCUAUGAGAUAUUUGAGUUAAGAUUUGAUUGUAAGAAUUAAGUAGAUGAAGAUUAAAAAGUUAGAAAAUAAUAGUAUAAAUCUUAUUUAAGAUUCUAUCAAUGCUUUAAAAUAGAUGAAAAGAUAAUAUAGAAAUAUAGAUGGUGAGGAUUCAAUGUCAAAAGCUAAAAGAAAAUUUAAAGAUAUUAAUUUUAUGUUUCAAGAGUAUUAUUUAUUAUUAAAGGAAUUUAAACGUUUACAAUUGAUUAAUACAAUUAAUUAUCACUAUGUAUUUGAAUCACAUGCUAGUUGUAGUUAAAAACAAAAUUCUAAUCAUUUAUAGACAAAUUAAACAUAUGAUAAAUAAAGUAAGGAUGAUGCAAUUUUGUAAGAUUCUGAAGAAGAUGGAUCUGAUUUACUUGUGAUGGAAUUUCAUGUUUGA